UGCAUUUUUGAUUUUUGCAGUCCAAAAAAGAAAACACACAGAAUCUUACAUUUCGUGGAAUCUUAUUAUUGUAUUUUACGAAACUGGUGUUUUGCAUAUCAUCUUAAAUUUUUGGUUUAGUCAGUAGAAUGUCGUUGCCUGCGAAUGCAAUGUAUAAGGUUGGAGAUUUCUGCUACUUCGAGGUGUCAUCCUCGGGUCCCUACCAGAUCCGUCGUAUUGAAGAUCUCCUCAAGACUUCAGGCGGCCAUGUAGAAGUCAAAACCAUCGCCUACUGCCGCAAACGUGAUCUCCCCAAACGGCUACAGGAGAAGAUCGCCACGUAUGAAAAAGAAGGCAAAGAAGUGCCGGAUAUCCAUCUGGAUGAUGAUGAAGCGGACGACAUGGACGAACCCAGCCAGGUGGAGAAAAACGACAACACGGACGAGAAUGUCUCGGAAGACCAGCUAACCAAGCAUCGCUUGGGCCAUCGUGAAGUCUAUUUGACGCGGCUGGCCGAAUCACUGCCUGCAAGCUUGAUUCGGGGCAAGUGUACGGUGUAUUUGCUGGCGGAGUGCGAAAAACGGGAAGAAUAUCUGAAGGAUGAGGAUCUGUAUUAUUAUACCCACACGUGGGAUCCUAAUAGUAAUUCACUGACACAGGAGAAAGGGGGGAAUAUUCGAGUGGGUUCGGGAUUCCAGGCGGAUGUCUCCGGGCUGCCAUCGCCACUUCUGCAGUUUCCCCCGGCAGAUGCCGAUGAAAAAAUGGACGAAAAAGAUGAGAAAGUAAAAUCGGAGGAUGAGGAAGAAACUGAAAUCAGCGACACCGUUCUCAUGUGGGAACCAGGAAGAAUUUCGGAUUCGGAGAUUGAUAAUUUUGUUAUCAUUAUGCGAAGUGUGGGCACGUUUGGACGGGCAUUAGAUUGGAAUACGUCCGUGAAGCAGCCCGGAUUGCAUCUGACUGCCGCCAGUGCGUCUCGCGAUAUUACCAUACAAAACGCAAUGAACACCCUUCACAAUAACAGCUACGAUCUGAGUCGGAGUCUGAAGGAACUUGUUAGUGAAGGUCCGCUGAUCUGUCGCGAUCAGAUGGAGGUGUGGACGGCGGCGGAGGCAGGAUUAUUCGAGGAAGCUCUGGAUAAGUACGGGAAGGAUUUCCGCGACAUCAAGCAAGAUCUGUUGCCUUGGAAAGCAAUGAAUCAGAUAGUGGAAUAUUAUUACAUGUGGAAAACAUCGGAUCGCUUCGUGCAGAAUAAACGUGUCCGCACCGCUUUGGCGGAUUUCCAUCUAAAACAGAUCUACAUCCCACCUUACGUGCAGGAUGAUCGCCUGCCCACGAACGAAGUCCAUGAUGGACCGGGCGCCAAUAACUGCUGCGAAGGUUGCCGGACGAAACAGUCCAGCAACUGGUAUGCAUGGGGCGGAUUGGGCGGUCUGCGGAAUUCCGGUGGAUUCCGGUUAUGCUACAACUGUUGGCAGUACUGGAAGAAGUACGGAGAUCUGAAGCGCCCAAUCAAGGGCGACAAGAAGAUCAUGCUGCAGCACGGUCCAGGCAUUCCCUACACGGCACACCAGAAACAGCCGCCGGCCAACACGGAGAGCAAUGUAUCGGAGAAGAAGCUAGGCUAUUUACUGCCGCCGAAUCAGCGCAGUGCCCAGAUUCGUAAUAUGAGUGUGGUGUCGCCGCGCAGCUUCUUCCGCACGCGACCCGCCAUCUAUUUCAUUGCCACGCAGAUGAUGAAGCAGGUGCGGCGAGUGGGUGAGCAUAUCUAUAAGCCGCGGCGGGCCGCCAGGAGGCCUUUCCACUGGAUUAAUUCCGCCCCGAUCAAAGAGCAUUACCAGAACGCCGACACGGCCACGGUGCAGCGGAGUAAGCGGCCGCGCACGCGAAAACUGGUGCCGGUGGCUGUUAUUUCCAGCCGUUUAAUGGAAAGAAAUUCGCCAGGACAUGCGCUGUUGACUGUGCCUGCUAGCCUGCGCACAAACGGCAAAGACAGAGAGAAAGAAUCCCGUGUUCCCUCUCCGCCCUACAAACGCGUCAAACUGGACAGCGGAGAGAUGGCCUUUCCCGCCAAGCCGAAGGUGCGGUCCGCCAAUGGCCGGCUACCGUUUCCCGAUGCACCGGAGGAUUUCUUCUACCAUCUCUCACCGCAUACGAAGAAAGAACGCCGCAAAGCCAUCACCACCGUCGAACUGAAGAAGGCGGGUCGUGCCCAGCGGUUAAUGUUCACCUUCCUGCCCAACCCCGGCCGGUUGCAUCACUUCCUCUCCAUCGUCCCGACACAGGCGGUGAAUGACGACGUGGUGGUGAUGCCUUGAAAGCGGGAAACAGCGCGAAAUGUCUGGUUCUCGUGGGCUUGAAUAACACUUUGUGUCAUUUGCUUUGUUACGGUUAAUGUCGGAUGAGCUCUGUAUUUUAUUGUUAUUUUGUGAAUUUUUUGUUAGGUGCGGCUUUUUUUUAUUGGUUAUACCCUUCUCUAGUACCCGUAUUAGCACAAAAGUAGAUUUUGUUAGCUGCACUGACUGUAUUUUGCAUUGGUGAAUGCAUACUUUGUUGUUUUUAUUAUCUGCAUGCCGUGUUUUUCUUUUAUGUUAGUACAUAACAAAAUUUGUGACAUUUGUAUCAUAAAUAAUAACGGAAAAGUAUCAUAAAUUAUUCUAUAAUACCAACAACAUUUUGUGGAAUCUUAAGGUGCG